UUAUCCAUCGUAAUUAGUAAUUGUUUGAUACUGUUAGUGGUGUCUUGGACAAAGGCGUUUAAGAAUGUUAACAAAUUGUUCUUAUUUUCAUUGACUAUAUCCGACCUGAUACUGGGUCUCUUUGUGACUCCGUUCUCCAUUUUCAAUUCCUUGUACAAUGCUUGGGUAUUCGCCAAUGACAUAUUUUGUUGUGUUGAAGCUUACGUGUUGGCAGCAGUGGUAAUCGCUGCUUUAUAUGCUUUAGCAUUGUUACAAGUUGACCAUUUUGUAGCCAUACGAAAACCAGAUCGUCAUCAUUACAUGCUGUCACCAGCCCGAUCUGCCUGUUGGAUAUUUAUAGUAUGGCUUGUCGCUGUGAGCUUUUGUAUGCCUCCACUCAUCUCUUUACGACGAGCAAGAUACUACAGAGAAGCAUUUAUCUGUAUUAUUGAGGCAAAGAAACAGAGAGCCUAUUUCAUGACAGCUGGUUUGUUGAUAACAGCUCCUGGUCUUUCGGCCCUAAUAUACACAAGUUCCUAUAUGUUUACAAGCGCUUACAAGAAACAAUUGACAUUCUUCUAUCAAGUCUUCCCGGACCGUGCUAGUCGACCAUUAAAUUACAAAAUAAACUUCAUUAAUUCUAUUGUAUUCCUAUUGUGUUGGUUGCCUUGGUGUUUGUUGAGGGUACAUCACGUUAGUGUACCUCGUAGCGACAGAGCACCACCCGAAAUACAUUUUUACUUGUUCUGGUUGGGAAUUUGUACAGCAUUCUUUAAGUUUAUUGUCUAUGUUAUCAUGAGCGAAGAAUUCCGAUCUGGGCUCAGG